UUUGACAUCGUUUUCUACCAAACAACAUGUAUAAUGGGAAAAUGAUAAAAAUGCCUGUGCUGAGUCCAGACAGUGUAAAAGUAGCGGUGCACGUGCGGCCUUUUAGCCAGAGCAAGAAUAAUUUUGGGAGCAAAUGUGUGAUUUCUAUGCCUUCCAGGACCACGACCACUAUACAAGACCCUAAGAAUCCAAAACUUAGGAUGAUAUUUACUUUUGACCUGGCAUAUUGGUCUCACAUAUUUCAAAAGGAUAAAGAUGGUGUGUUUAUUUCAGCUGAUCCUAGCAGUAAUUUUGCUGACCAGGGUUGCCUGCGGACAGGGAGCCACGGCCCGUGCUUAGCUGUCCUGAUCCAGCACCUUGGUACAGAAGGUCCCAACUACCAGAUAUUACCGAGAGUGCUUGAGACUGCUCUAGCUGACACAGCCAUGGGGAAGAAAGCCUUGCACAUUCCCUACAGAGAUUCUGUUCUUACCACAUUGCUCCAGUCAGCUCUGGGUGGUAACAGCAGAACUACAUUGCCGUUAAGUCCAGCUGACAUCUGCUAUGAGGAAACUUUAUCCACAUUAAGAUAAGCUGAAAGGGUGAAGAAGAUCCGGAACCAGGCUGUGGUGAACGCCUUGACACUGAGGGGCGAGUCAAGGGCAGAGCCCAGCAAGCUGCUGCUCAGGCGCAGAGACUCCAGAACGGCAGGGUCACCUGGCACCUGGCACCACCCAAGCCAAUCAGCCCAUCUUGGGGGCAGCAGUGUUGGUUCAGGUGCCCAGGUGACCACGCUGUGCGAUUGCCAAGAGCCACUGCCCGGGGAAUGCCUCAGAUCUCAGUUUGCAAGCAUGGAGCAUCCCCUCCAGGAGUGGCAGAUGAUGAAGACCUUCCUGCACCUUGUCAACGUCAACGAGGACCCACAGCUCACUGGGGUCCUCAGGUACUUCAUUCCGGCCGGUUCAUGUGAUGUCAGUCAGGCUGCUUCGAAGGCCAUCGGUCUUCAAGUUUUGGGAAUUUCAAGUAAACAUGCUUCCUUCACAAAUUUGGAUGGCAAAGUGGCAGUCACUCUGCACAACAAAUGCCAGGUUGUUAACGGGGUGCCCAUCAUGACCAAGGCAAAGCUGCAGUGUCUGGUAAACUUUCCUGCCCAGCCACAGGAUUUCCCAGUUGCUAUCCAAGAGCUGGGACUGGGGGCUCUGAGGUGCCCAGAGGCAGCAGCCGCAGUGAGGCCAGGCACUGACCACCUCGUGCCCCUCUGCUGCAGCACCACGAGAAUUAACCAGGAUCUCAUGCACACUCACUGUGCUGUGAACAACAGGAGUGGGAAGGCUGACCCUGGUGUCCUGGCUGUGUUCCAGGACUACAUCAAACUGAUGCCACUGGUUGCAGAAGCAAAUCAAAUGAAUGAAGAGCUGAAAAAGGAGCUAAAAAUGGAAUUGAAAGUGAAGAAUUUGACAUUGUUGGAUUCCAGGGGCUGUGACCUAUGGAAGGAGGUCAUGGUGAAGGUGACCAACCAGAGGACUCAGCGGGUGUGGAUUUGGUCAAAAGCCAAGUUUAUCAAUAGGAAAUUCCUAACAGAGGAACUUUACCAGCGCUUCCUCAAUGAAGAAGACGGCCAGGAGAAGAUAGCUCAGGAAGACGGUCCAUUCUGGGACCCUGUCGAGGUCAUCCACCUGGGCUCAGCUCACCUCUGGCUCCAGUCACUAGCCUACCGCAUGAAGUUGGAGGAGCAGGUGGAGUUUCUGGACUGGGAUGGGCUGGAGGAGGCAGUGCUGCAUAUCCACAUGGCGCCCUGCUCCCCGACGGGGCUAUCGUGUGGUGAGGAGGAUGUGGUUAUUGACCCUUUGGAGCUGCUGGGCAAGGGCAUGGAUUUCCAGAUGCACAUUGUGCAGUGCCUUGGCACCAAGUGGCUAAAGGAAGAUCCAGAGUGGGGCAUGCAGGUGGGGUACAGAAUGUAUGAUCUUCCAAAAACUUUAUAUACCAAGUGUGUAUGGAAAAUUCUGAAUCCCCCCAUUGAAGAGACUGUCCAACUUACAGCCUUACAUGCAUCUCAGGAGUUUCUGAAUUAUUUACAGACAAAUACUCUCAUUGUUGACUUAUGAGGUCUUCAAGGAUGCUGUGCCAGACAGAGCUGCUCCCAGGCAGACUUCAUGUUCACAGGUGAAGGCCAUGUCAUGGUGGACACCAAGAACAUUUCCAGGAUACAGAUUACAUCAACCCAGAUACCAGAACUUUAUCUGAAACAGCUCAAGUUAGAACAGGAGACGGAACUGCUCAGAAAUAUUAACAGGGAGAUUUUGGGAAGAUGGCAAGUCCUAAGGGAGGAAAACGUGCUUCUCAGAGAACCAUUUGAGAAAAUUGGUUCUAGUCAUCAAGCACAUAAGCCUUCCAGUGCCCUGAAGGUAACUGGGAUGACAGCUUAACUUCCAGCAGCCAGACAGCUUAACCAAGUGCACCCUCAGCAAGCCAGCUGGGAAGAGUUUGCCAGAGCUCUUAAGGUGCUCUACCAAAGCGUGAACGUGGCAAGAGACCAGUUUCUCAGACUGAGGCAUUGUAAACCUCUUGAAGAUGAUCAAAUGCUUCAAUAAUUUGUGCACCAACAGUCACAAAUGUUAAAGGACUUUGGGGACCUACUUGAAUCCAGCUUGUGGAAACUGAAAAAUGUGGCUCAGAUAGUGAAAAAGAAGAGAAUGUUUACUGCAUAUGAACAGCUAGGGUGCGUUGCUGACACACUUGAGCUUUGAGUGGCAAAGAUCAUGUGCAGUAAUGAGCUUAAUUAACAUGGAUACCAGAGCUGAAUUGUGGACUCAAUUUACUAGACCCACUUCCCACGAAAUCUAUUUCUUCUACCAUUGUAAAGCAAAACUUAUCUCCAAUUUGAUUUGAAAUCAUGUAAAAAUGGGUCUGUAUCCAGGCUGAAGGUGAGGUGGGAGAUAUCUGGCAGCUCUGAGCUCUGUGGGAAUGGGAAUAGUACUUAUGGCAGAUGGUUAACAAAAUAAAGGAAUAUAAAGUGGUUAGAACACUGCCUGGCACAUAGAAGCAAC